UGUUGCUAUUCUGAACCUAUUUCAAGCUGAUUGUUUUUGUCCGAUAAUCUUGAAUGCAUCACUGGUGCUCGGCUCAGUCGGGGGAACGAUCUCUCUCAGGCUCAGUCAGCAGCACCAUUGCAGUGUGGAGCGGUCGUACAGAGGAGGUGCUGCUCCCACCAACGGGGAUCUGAAGGAGUGAAGACACUUGAUCGGGGUGGGCGCCCUGAGCAAGCAUCAGCCGUAUGCCCCUGACGACCACCGCCUGACAACCAGCCGCUGCUCCAGGUGUCCAUCACUGACUGACAAAUGUGUGAGUCUGCGGAAAACCAUUUUAUCUUCCUUGUGAAGAUCUGAGUUGUGGGGCACUGAGGCAGCAGAGGGGGGUCUCUGAUGAAGAUGCUGGGUUCAGAGCGCGGUGUUGUCGAAGAAUGGCUCUCAGAAUUCAAGUCUUUACCAGAAACCCACAUCCACAGCUACGCAGGCAGCCUUCAUUUGAAGAAGUCUUUGGUACCAGCUCUCUACAGAGUCAUCCAGGAUCCCAACAAUGAGCUUUUGGAGCCAGUGUGCCAUCAGCUCUUUGAGCUGUACCGGAGCUCUGAAGACCGCCUGCGCCGCUUCACUCUGCAGUUCCUGCCUGAACUGGUGUGGGUUUAUCUACGAGUCACAGCCAGCAGAGAUCGGCAGAGCAACGGCUGCAUCGAGGCGCUGCUCCUCGGCAUCUAUAACCUGGAAAUCGUGGACAAAGACGGCAACAGCAAGCUACUUUCCUUCACUAUCCCAUCACUGUCUAAACCUUCGAUUUAUCAUGAGCCUUCUUGCCUGGGAUCUAUGGCGCUAACAGAGGGCGCUCUCUGCCAACAUGACCUGAUCAGAGUGGUGUACAGCGGCCUCCACCCUCAACGGGAAACUUUCACCGCUCAGAACAGGUUUGAGGUGUUGUGUUUCCUCAUGCUCUGCUACAACUCGUCUGUGGUCUACAUGCCCCUCUCUUCCUAUCAGUCGGUGUGCAGAAUGAGCUCACGGUUGUGUGUGUGUGGCUUCCCCCGCCAGCAGCAGAAGUUGUGGAGAGAACCAUGCAAUCGUGUGCUGUUGGACCCUGAGUUCAUGGUCCAGAUGCUCACUGCUGUUUAUCACGCCAUAUACAAUGGCGAGUGGGAGAUGGGGCGGGAAGCUCUGGAGGACGUUCUGUACCGAGCCCAGCUGGAGCUGUACUCUCAGCCUCUUCUGCUGGGGAACGCAAUGAAGAACUCGUUGCCCGAUAGCGCCCCGAAUGAGCCGCAGGGCCGCAAGGUUCUCCAGGUAGAGGUGACGCCGACCAUCAGUCGCAUCUCCAUCUCUGCCAUCACCACUGCGUCGAUUCGCAGGCAUCGCUGGAAGAGAGAAGAUUGUUUUGACUACUCGAGCGAAGCUGAGUUGAGCCUCACCGUCAAUCCUCCUAGCCCCGUCCAUCACCACUGGGAGCCGAAAGUGGAGCGAGGAGGGCAGCCUCACAGCCAACACAGCAGCAGCAGCAGCGUCAUUCCCCCCAUCACUCUUGAGGAUGCAGAUGGAAUGAGCGCCGGAGAGGAUUCCUUCAACGUCAACGAUCCAGAUGAGGGUUUUUCCUCGGGGGCAUCCAACAGCAGUCAGCCCAGUGGCACCAAGACAGGCAGUGGUGUCGGGCCGCGGGGCGGGAGCCUGAACAGCAGCAGCAGCAGCAUCAAGAAAGCCAUCACCUCCCGGCUGUCUCGAGAGAGGGAACGGGAGAAGGAGCGAGAGGUGGCCAAGCAUGCCGAACUGCCUUCGGAUCACCAGCCCGCAGUGAAGAAGCAUCAGCAGCGGAAGCAGUCGCCGCCGGUCAGCAUCAACUUGGACGCCAUCCAGCUGAGCCCCAUAAAGAAGCACCUGAGCUUCCCUGCUGGACCCCAGUUGGUGCGGACUGGCAGCACCUCCUCCAGCAGAUCCUUUGACUGUAUGAAUUUGAACCUGAAUGGAGGGAGAGAAGAAGCAGUUGGGGGCUCUGACAUGGACGGGGGCCUUCCUGCGGGUAGCUCCCAUCGCCAUUCCACCAUUAGCCUGCAGGAGGAGCACCUUGUCAGACCAGAGGACGCCCAGGACCUCCUCUCUCCUGGAACUCCACUCACGAAGCAGUCUCGUUCCCCCAGCUUCAACAUGCAGAUCAUAUCACAAGUCUGACGUGUGCUCACGCACUGCGAUACACAACACUUAUCAAGCAUUUCUCCUUUGCAACUGGUUACAGUCCCUUCGUAAUGACUUCUGUCGGUCUGUGUCUACUAGUGUGUGAUCGUGGUCAAACAAGGCUGCUGUGUGUAACUAGUGUGCGAGUGUGUCACCAUCUCUCCUCCGAACUGUCUUGCAGAAGACACACCAGUUGUAGGUGAUUAUCCUCUUGCGAGUUCUUGACUGAAAUCAGCAAUAACUGAAUCUUCACGUGGAGAAAAGCAGGCGUUUUCUUUCAUUUUAUUUCAUUCCCGGGCUUCUGUGCAAUCCUCACUGAUUAUCUUCCACGCUAACUGCAGUAAAUCGAGCGCACGUGAUUUCCUAUAUAUUUUUUUUUUUAAAUCUCAAUCCAAAGAACUUAGGUCGCUGUUUUUAAAACAUUACAAAGUUGAGUUCCAAACUUUAUUUUUCUUCAUUGAUAUGCUUAACUGGAAUGUGGCGCUUAAACAUUUAUUUUAAUGAAAUCGUUCAAGAUUUAAGGAAAAUAUGUCAUUUUAGCAGUCCAUCUCUGAUUGUGAGUCAUUGCUCAUGUGUGUGGUAAAAUCUGUCCGCUCAUUCUGAGUAAUAAGUGUCAUCUUGUUGUUCUAUGAUAGCAGUUUCAUUGUGACUUCAUAUUAUCCCAGUCACAAUAGGUUCUUUACCUAAUAAUUUAUUCUCCUGACUUAUACAGUAGUAUGAUAAUCAGUUGAGUCAUUCCCUUCGAGUUUGUGGUCAGUUAUUUGUUUUUCUAAUCGUGAUAUUUGCAACAACAACAACAAAAAGAAAUACUGAGAUUAAACACUGGGACAAAAUAUGUGUAAUUGAAGAAAAAAAAAAAAAUAUAUAUAUAUAUAUAUGGAAACAAUGACAACUGGCAGCACGAUGUCAAAACUAAAUAAAUAUGUGAUAAAUAUGAUCUAUAUAUUAAUAUUCUAUAUAUUAUACUAAUAUUCUAUUCAAUCAUUUAUCAGUUUCUUAAAUUUGAAUCACAAUGUUUGAGUGCUAUCAGAUGCUACAAAAACAAUUAUCAUCAAACUUAUAGAAAAAAAAAAGUCCAAAUCCAGGUGUAGUGGUGGCGUUUCUGCGCAUGCUUGUGUUUUCUGAGUUAAAUGGCUCGAGCGUGACGCUGUCUUGUAUGGAAGACAGUGACUGCUCUCUGGCGGUGGUUACUGGUCACUGCGCCCCUUCACGAUUGUCGUGUUUGGCUUUGAUUUGAAAUAUACGACUACCUCAUCGCGUCCACCUUCGUCCUGACACACGUCCCUAGAUAACUUCCUGUUUUGAGAAGCGUCAGGCCGCUUGAAAAAAUUCAAAA